UUGAAUGGUUAUUUGUCUGUCUACCUCCCCACCAAGUACAUGUUGGGAUAGGCUGCAGUCCUCCACUGUCCUGAACAGAAUAAGCAUGUGCUACAGAUGGACAUUUUCCAGUCUCUAAACUUUUGAAUUUGGGUUAACUAUUCAGUAGACUAAUACCUGUUGCUUUCAUGUCUUUAGGUAGAAUUUUUUCUCAUUGAUCUAGUAAAGGUCACGCUACACUCUGUUUUCUGAAAUCGGGAGCAAAUGAAUGACAUAGGGUUUGCAUAAUUACCUUUGAGAAGGAGUGGAGAAACUGAAUAAAAGUAGGUGGGUACAUAUUAAAGGUUUUAGAUGUGUUGGAACAAACAACAAAAACAACAAACAAAACCUGGAACUUUCCAAGGAUGACACUGCUGUUAAUCCUUGUUCUCUCAGGGCUGUCUCCCCUGUCUUCAACCACCAUCAGAGAGUACCACUAUGUAAAGACAUUAAAGACCUGGGCUGAAGCUCAGAGUUACUGCAGAGAGACGUUCACUGACCUUGCCACUAUAGACAAUCAAGAUAACAACAAAAUGUUGCUGAGUGUAUUGCAGGGCGAUGGAACAUAUGCAUGGAUAGGGCUUUAUGAUGACCUGGCCAGAUGGAAGUGGUCACUGGGAAAUGAACUGCUCAGAAAUGAUAUAGAUUUCAGGAACUGGAAUACAAGUCAGCCCAUCACCAAAUCUGCCAUUAACAGCUGCACAGUGAUGGCACCAAAUGGUCUUUGGAGUGUUUCUUUCUGCUGGAGACAACGUCCCGCAGUCUGCUAUUACGAGCAAGGUCCUUCCCAGUACAUUUUGGUGACAACUGAGAUGUCCUGGCAUGAGGCUAGGGCAUACUGUAGGUCCAAGUACACAGACCUUGUCAGUGUGAGGAACAUGUCUGAGAAUAAUCACAUCUCCUCACUGCUGUCAGAAACAACCUGGAUCGGUCUCCACAGAAAGAACUGGGCUUAUUGGUCCAAUCAGAGACCCUCAACCUUUACUAACUGGAACAAAGAGCAGCCCCGCAGUAGUGGGGAAACUGUGGCAUCAUGUGCUGUGGUCAACACAACCACAGGAACGUGGUGGGAUGUUGACUGUACAGAAAAGCACUAUUUUGUAUGUCACAAAGUUCAAAUUGAGCACAAAAUGACGUUUAAGUUAAAGUUCCAGUCUGAGGAUGACCUGAAUGAUCCUGCUGUCCAGGAGCAGAUUUUAGAGCAGCUGCAUGCUAAGCUUGAGAAACAUGGGUUACCAGAUUUUCAACUUCGCUGGAUUGAGACAGAUGGGCGGACUUUUCAUAAGGAACAAAAGAGAAAGACAUAGGAAGACUGCAGCUAAGUGGUGGUUGUGCGGAGGUCAUCACUCUUACAAAUGAACACUCUGCAAUUCUGAAAGAAAAGGAAUUGAACUGCUAUUCUAACUCAGUGUUUCAAAUCUAUUUUCAGUUUAUCACAUAUUUUUCACACCAUCUGUGGUAAUAAAUGGCUUUAAUGUGUUAAUGUAUUUGGUUGCACUGUGUGACAAAAGAUUUUUAUUACUUAAAAAUAUUAAUACAGACCUUAAUUUGUGUAAAAAAAAUCAAAAAAUUUGAUUUCAAGUGAGGCUUGAAAUGAGUUGUAAAAAAAUAAACAUGUUUUUGUUUGUCAUAUUUAAAUGUUUUAUGAGUGCUUGUCAAGUCCCUUGAAAUUUAAGAUCUUUUAAUCUGCAAUGUUUAACAGAUGUUAGUCUUUUCCUCAUUUUGAAAUGUGUUGGCCUCUUAACGAUGAGCAUCACAGUUCACCAUCAGCUGUACAUCUUAGUAAUAAAUAAUUGUAAUACUUUUGCUUUUGUUUUUAGAAAAGGUCUGUUUGGCCUGUGUGAUAUUUUAUGAAAUAUAAAGUCUU